AUGCAGGCAUCGAACGACAUUGCCAUAGUGGGGUUUGCCUACAAGCUCCCCCAGGAUAUUGAAGACGACUCUGCGUUCUGGGAGACCCUCGAGGGCGCGAGAAAUCUUUCAAGUGGAUGGCCCGAGAAUCGGAUGAGAUCUGAUGCACACCCAGACCCUAGGAAUGGCCGGACUCACAGUUGUGGCGGGCAUUUUAUCCGGCAAGAUCCGGCCGGCUUUGAUGCACCCCUUUUUGGAAUCACACCUAAAGAAGCUGCGAGUAUGGAUCCCAUACAGCGAUGGACGUUAGAAGUCUCGUAUCGGGCCUUUGAGAAUGCUGGAAUCCCGGUCGAUAGGUUGAAAGGUUCCCGGACGGCAGUAUUAUCAGCUACCUGGACGGAAGAUUAUGUUCGAAUGGCCGCCAUGGACCCGGACAAUUACGACAGGACGAGCGCUACCGGAGUCAUGGCCAGCAUCGUACCAAACAGGGUCAGCUACUUCUUUGGCAUGCAGGGCCCAAGUUUCCAUGUCGAUACGGCUUGUUCGAGUGGACUGUCAGCAUUUGACAUCGCCUGUAAGCUGCUUGGAAGCGGAGAUGCAGACGCAGCCCUCGUGACAGCCGCCAAUCUGCUCCUUGAACCGGGGGUGUAUCAGAUGCUUCGUAACUUGCAAAUGCUAUCCCCGGACAGCACAAGCAAAUCAUUUGACCACAAAGCAAACGGGUUCGCUCGAGGAGAAGGUGUUCUUAGCUUCGUGCUAAAGCCGGUGUCAGCUGCUCUUAGGGAUGGAGAUAUGAUCCGGGCCGUUGUCCGUGCGGUGGCGUCCAAUCAAGAUGGACACACUCCGUCACUAAGCCAGCCGAAUCCUGUAGCCCAAGAGAAUCUAAUUAGGUUCGUAUAUGCGAAAGCAGGAUUGGGGAUGGCGCAAACGCGAUAUGUGGAAGCACACGGGACGGGUACACCGGUUGUUAUUCUCGAAAAGGGUGUCAUUCCACCUAAUGCUCUCUUCGAGAAGCUCAAUCCUGCGAUCGAUGCCGAAUUCCUUCGAGUAAAAGGUUACACCUCUUGGUAUCGGGCCAAUGAAGUCUCUUCUGACCCCGUCAAGUUGGACGCUUCCGCACACAUGCUUGCCGUGCGGCGCAGUCAUAUGCGAUGGCGUAGUUUUGCCGUUGCUAGUGCCUUGGAUAAGAGCCAAACCCCAUACGGCGACUUUGGAAAUGAGGAAGUUUCGAAGGGGCUAUCGCCGAUCAAGCCUAUUCGGGUCGCGUCGAAUCCUACCUUGUGCUGGGUGUUUACUGGCCAAGGGGCGCAGUAUGUCGAUAUGGGUUGGGAGUUGAUCGAAGCAUAUACUGUCUUCGAACAGACGUUGAAGAAAGUAGAUGAAGUAUAUAAGGGAUUCGGUUCCGAUUGGUCCAUCUUUGAUGAGCUCCGACAGAAAGAGAACAUCAACAAGCCCGAGUACAGCCAGCCACUAUCGACUGCUGUCCAGAUAGGGCUUGUAGAAUUGUUGCGGAGCUUUGGCAUCACUCCGAAAGCUGUCGUUGGGCAUUCGUCCGGAGAAAUCGCUGCUGCCUACGCAAUCGGUGCCCUUUCCCUUACGUCUGCCUGCAAGGUAUCAUACUUCCGUGGCCGCGAGACCGGGAAGCUACGCAUUGCCAAUGAGUCUUCACCGGGUGCCAUGAUUUCCAUCAAUCUCGCACCUGACCAGGUCACCGAUUUCCUAUCGAGGAUCCACGUCGAAGGGAUACAGGGAGUUGGUGUCGCAUGCCAAAAUAGUCCACUGAAUGUUACAUUAUCAGGUCCCGAAUCCGGAAUUGACGCCGUCAAGGAACAGGCUGAUCAAGAAGGUGUAUUUGCUCAGAAACUGAAAACAGGUGUGGCUUAUCAUUCCUCGGCAAUGAACUCGGUAGCGAGUGGGUAUCUAUCGUUGAUGGGGGUACUUGAGCCCGCUGAGAUACUGCCGAUUCGCAUGUGGUCUACAGUGACUGGCAAGCCGAUUUUGCCUACCGAGUUAGCAAAUGGCCAAUAUUGGGUUGACAAUAUGAUCUCGCCUGUCAAAUUCGCUUCCGCCGUGAGUCUCAUGGCGUCGGAAGCAACGAAUCUAGGGAUAACGGAUUGGGUCGAGGUGGGACCACAUCCCGCGCUCAGGCGGUAUAUCCAGGACACGCUCAGUAAAGACAGAAUAUAUUACUCAGCCGUGCUUCAACGAAACCAUUCCGCGGCCCAGAAAGCCUUAGAGCUUGCGGGAAUGUUAUUCUGUCGCGGCCAUAGCAUCUCACUGACGACGGUAAACAACCAGCAAGGAAAAGAGACUACAUCGACGCCUCUCCUAGUUGAUUGCCCAUCUUAUCCGUUUGACCAUUCGAAUAAGUUCUGGGCCGAAGGCCGGAUUAGCAAAGGUUAUCGUCUCCGCAAGCCUACUAAAGGCGGGGAAUUGGGACAGAAAGCGCCAGAUUGGAAUGCUUUGCAGCCAAGAUGGAGGAAUUUUCUGAGUGUUGAGACACACCCCUGGAUCGGGCAUCACGUCGUCAGCGACAUGAUACUCUACCCCGCAGCCGCUAUGUUGAUUGCCGCCCUCGAAGCCGUACAGGAAACUGUCCCAGCCGACAAGACCGUCGCCGGCUACUAUGUGAAAGAAGCGCAUUUCCUGAGUCCCGUUGUGGUUCCCGAAAAUUCAGACGACAGGAUCGAGACAAUGAUUUCUUUGCGGCCGGUCAAGAACCGUUCCCAAGGUAAGGAAGCACCGUCGAAUUGGUUUGACAUUAGCAUCUUUGCCUAUGCGAAAGAAAGUCACACUUGGACUGAAGCUUUCCGUGCUACUUUGCAGGUAGACUUUGCGUCCGACGCCAAGCAGGCAGAAAGAUAUGCGGUAGAUGAAGCUAUCCGAGGGCAGCACCGAGAGGCUCAGGAGGCAUGCAAUCUUCCAGUCGACGCACAAGUAUUGUACGAAGAUGCGUUUGAACAUGGCCUGCAAUACGGGGAGUCGUUCCGACUUUGCCAGGACAUUAAGUGGGACAAAUCAGGAGCUCGAGCGGUCACAAAAGUGCCCGUACCUGGUCACGCGAGAUAUGAGACAGCAAGCCCUGUGCACCCAGCGGUACUAGAUACCAUGUUCCAUGCCUUGAGAGUAAGCGCCGGCCAGCAGCAAGCUGCCAACGUUCCGUUGAGACUCGAGGAUGCAUGGUUUACUUCAUCUGGAUGGCCGGCGCCGGGUGCGGGAAACCUGAGCUGGCUUGCCUCGUCUAAGGGGAGAAGGGACAAAGGAGCCCUUGGAGAGAGAGGUAGCGUCUCGGCUCUAGGAGAUGACGACACCGUGCUAGCGAGAAUAGGAAAAUUAGUGACGGCUGCGAUUUCCAGAGAAGAUUCUGAUCCCCUGGCUGAAAAUGCGGGUGCUAGGCAUAAGACCUUGCUAUACGGAAUCGAAUGGGAACCCCAGCUCAGUCUAUUAAGCUCGGCGCAACUCUCCGAGGUUUGCAAGGCAGACAUUUUCACUCACGACCCCGACACCGCCCUGGCCGACCAUCUUAAGCGUACUGCGGUACUUAAUCUCACCGCCGUUCGUCACGUUAGAAACGUACCGGAGGAGAAGCGCACCAAGCUCCCGAGUACCCUCCGCCAACAUAUGGACUGGAUGGAGCAGCAUGUGCGUUCAUUGCCUUCUGAAGAACGGGAAGCUGCUGAAGCUAUCACGGACUCCGAGUACGAGGCCCAAUUAGAUCAAUUUGCCGCCGAUUUCCCCGACUGGACACUAUAUCCGCGUGUCGCGCGCGCUUUGCCGGAAAUCAUGGCUGGAGAGAUCGAUCCUCUGCAAGUCAUCUUCGAAUCCGAGCACGCGAGGAAGUUUUACGCCGCUCUUUUCCAACCGCUUUGCGGUGAUGGAAGGCUAAGCAAAUUCAUCAACCUUGCCGCUCACGAAAACCCAUCUCUGCGUAUUCUAGAGGUUGGCGCCGGUACCGGUGGUAUGACGGUGCACAUCCUAAACGCGCUAAAGGAAAGGGAGAAGCGCACAGGUGCACUGUCCUUUACCGAGUUCAUGUACACAGACAUCACCCCGGCGUUCUUCGAACCCGCCAAGGAGCGAUGGGAUGCCGAGGGUCUUGGCGAUCGUAUGCUUUACAAGACCCUAGAUAUGGAGCACCCAGUCGCGGGUCAGGGGUUCAAGGAGAAUUCGUAUGACCUGGUAAUAGGCGGAAGUUGUGUUCACGCCACGAAGCUCUUGGGUAACACACUGCCGAACCUGCGGCGCCUACUGAAGCCGGGUGGUAAACUCGUCUUACUCGAGAUGACGAAACCUACGGACAUUUCGUCCUGUUUCUUCGCAACACUAGCAAGUGGUUGGUGGCUUAGCCAGGAAGAGGCACGGACAAAGAACAAGAGCCCGCUUGUGAGUGAGAAUGAGUGGGACGAGUACUUGAAACAGAACGGGUUUUCGGGCAAUGAUCUCGUGUUGAGGAACACUAGAGAAGGUGAGGCCAAUAUUGCUAGCGUCAUUGUCAGCAGCGCUCUCGAGGAAACGAAGCAAGAGAAGAUCUCAUCUCCUCUUAGGCGGGUAUUCGUCGUCGAUCCUCAAUAUGAAGGCCAGAAAAAUCUUGCGGACGCUAUCUCUAAAGGCGAAGAUAUUGUUGUCCCUCUAAACCAACUCGGCGACACUUCUUUCAGCAGCAGCGACGUUGCCGUCUCGCUCGUUGAGAUAGACAACCCCCUCUUAUACCAACUUUCCGAGGAACAGUUUUCGCGGGUGCAAAUUCUAUUAAAGCAAGCGCGAAACCUUAUUUGGGUCACUGCUCCUCAAGAGGGUGCGAAUGACGCCCGAUUCCCGCAUUACGCUAUCGCGCAAGGGUUCCUAAGAACGGUUAGGGCCGAGAUGCCUGAGUCCCAUAUCGUAUCUUUGUCUAUCGAAGACGUCACCAGCGGCGAAACAAGGGGAGAGAUUAUCAACAGAACCAUCGAGACAGCUUUUGGCGAUUCUCCAUCGGCAGAGCUCGAAUACGUAUUCCGCUCUGGUACGAUCCAUACAGCGCGUGCCAUCGAGAGUAUAUCUAGCAACAACACACUGGAAUCCCUGCUCUAUCCCCGUCUCCAAGAACUCACAUGGGAGGAUAGUCCCGCUAUAAAAUUAGCGCUUGGUACCCCAGGAAGUCUCGAGUCGGUGCGCUUCCAGCAAGACGAGAGGUACGCCGAAAUUCUCGACCCGCACAACAUCGAGAUCGAAGCAAAGUCAUGGGGUCUCAGCCGUAAGGAUGUUCUGGGUGCUCAGGGCAGUGUUGACGAUGACCACGACGGAGGCGAUAUUGGCACAGAUUGCUCAGGUGUGGUCACCCGCGUCGGCCAGGGUUGUGAUGCGCAGGGACCGCAGCCAGGCGAUCGAGUCGUCAUGCUAGCGCAUGGCUGUAUAAGUAAAUUCCCUCGCGCGCACGAAACACGCGUCUUUAAGAUCCCCUCGGAAUCAAGUGCCUCGUCCUUUGAGGUAGCGGCAGCAGCUCUGGAGCCUACGCUGACCGCUUAUCGUGCUCUCAUCGACGUGGCGAGGGUAUACCAGAGCGACAAAGUUCUCGUGCAUGAAGGAGCAAGCGCUACAGGGCAGAUGGCGAUCCAAAUCGCGAAGAGAGAGGGAGCUGAGGUGUUUGUUACGACACGUGCUCCCUCGCCCGAAGAGGAAGAGGAGGAGAAACGACUUCUUACCGGCGCACUGGGAAUUGACUCAGAGCAUAUCUUCUCGGCUAGUCAAGACAACACAUCGUUCGCGACCGGAAUUAAGCAGGCCACCAACGGCUACGGCGUUGAUGUUAUCGUUAAUACAUUGGCCGGUGACCAGCUCCAAGCAAGUUGGGAGUUGCUAAGUCCUGGCGGGCGUUUCGUCGACAUUAGCCCCGGUGGAGGCGGCUCAUUGCCAGGAGCUGGUUCUCUAGCGAGAAACACAAGCUACUCUACUGUCGACGUCAUGUACCUGCCACCACACGUGACGGCAAAAUUGCUGAAGGACAUAGUGACGCUAUUGGAUGAGGGCAAGAUCACGCCCCCAACGCCAGUGCGGGUAUUCCCGGCAACCGAAGUAAAGGAAGCCUUCAAAUUGCUGCAGGACAAAGACAAUUCCGGCCGUGUUGUCGUAGUCCCACAGCCAAGUGAUGUUGUUCCGCAAUUUAUCCUAAACCCGAACGCCUUGCAGGGUUGCAAACUAGACGAGAAUGCAUCGUAUCUUGUUCCGGGUGGUCUCGGUGGCUUGGGCAGAUCUAUCCUCGCGUGGAUGGCGGCCCACGGCGCUAAGCACCUAAUUGUCCCCUCACGUAGCGGCGCCACCGCUCCUGCAGCAGCCAGGCUUGCAGAUUCGCUCUCGUCUAGUGGCGUGCAGCUUGUCACGCCCAAAUGUAAUGCCGGCAACGGAGCCGAAUUGGCCGCCUUACUCGAAGAAGUGAAGCAAACAAUGCCCCCAAUCCGCGGCGUAAUUAACUGCGCUAUGGUUCUCCCCAACGCCGUAUUUGCCAAUAUGUCUUAUGACCAAUGGUGGUCUGCGGUGAGCGCGAAAGUGGAUGUGUCAUCUAACCUCCAUCGCCUUUUACCGGACCAUGAGAAUCUAGACUUUUUUAUCCAUCUCUCUUCUUUGGCGGGCGUCAAUGGUCAGAUGGCCAGUUCGAAUUAUGCUGCGGGGUGCAGUUUCCAGGAUGCAUUGACGCGGUGCUACCCCGGAACCACGACUUUGGACAUUGGUUGGAUGUCGGACGUCGGCCUAAUCGCCGAGACGGCCGCAUACCAGAGGCAAUUAAACGAAUGGGAUAACAUGCAGAGGAUCGAAGAAACCGAACUGCUCGGCAUUAUAGGAAUGGUAUGCGGGAAUAAACGAGCCGAGAAGGAAGAGAGCGAAGAAAGGACAACGGAACAACAGAUCCUGAUAGGUGUCCGUACGCCAGCUGAUUUCCUAUCUAAAAACCAGCGACCGUUGCCCCCAGUCCUAGAUAGGCCGUUCUUAUCAACUUUUGCUAAGCACAUUGACCCCACCAAGUCUUCAAGGGGCAACAAGAACAACGCGGCUUCAGGCAAAGUGGCGGCUAUCGACCACGGUGCUCUGUUCCGUGUUGCUGAGGAUGAUAAAGCACGCGUAUCUGUUGUGACAUCGGCGCUUUCUGAGAAGUUAGCACGAGUGACGACUAUGUCAGUCGAUGAUGUAGACCCGGAUAGGACACUCUCGUCAUAUGGUAUUGAUAGCUUGAUGGCCAUCGAUAUACGCAAUUGGCUUGGCCGAGAGUUCAGUGCCAAGUUGAGUGUGUUUGAGAUUAUGAGCGGAGAGAGGCCGAUUAAAUUGGUUGCUGAGACAGUUGUUAGGAAGAGUUCUGUAGGAAAAAGUUGA